AGAUUUGGCUGUACUGUUUUAGCGCUCAUUAAGUAAGUACUUAUUGAAAUUAAGUACCUACUCAUUGAGUAUGCGAUUUCAGACCAGCCUAUCUGUUGUUGUUUCUUCUUCUUCUUCACUUGUUUUUUUGGAAAUUCUGUGCAGAAGAUGUGUACUAGCACCCUACUGUAUAAUAAUGAAAACAUAGAUUCUAGGGGUAUAGCUCAAAUAUAUUUAGAAUUUUUCUAAGUAUAAGUCAAGUACACUUAAAUGUCAUUUUAAGUAUAUUUAUGAUGAGUACAUAAAGCCCAUUUUUGAGAAGUAAAAGUAAACUAAAAAAAUAUUUUCCUAUUUUUAGUUUAAGGGUCUGAAAGAUAUUGAGAGAAGGAACACAUUCUAGAAACCAAUGACACAUUUUGCUUCUGCUUUAUCUGACAUUUUGCAGAUUGAGAAACAUUAAUUUUUAUCAUGAUCAUCAAGUUAUAGUUACCUUUUUUGAGUUAAUGCUUUCACUACUUCCUCUUAGGAAGACUGCACUGCAGUUUUUAUAUCCAAGCACACCAUCACCAUGGAACAUGGGAAAGCGUGGUCUGACUAUGGACAGAAAAGGAAGUACAGAAGAGAAAAGAAAACCAGCCUUUUUCAGCCUCAGAGGGUGAUAUAUGAUUCUGACAACUAUGUGCAUGUGCAAAUACUAAAGUGCUUGCAAGUGUGAUGGAGCUGCAGGAGCGUUUUUCUACGUCCGUCAAUAUUUACGAAGAAAGUGAAGGAAAUGCAGAGAAGAGGGUUAUGCAUAAAAAUUGUGAUGCUAAAACAGAAGAUAUUUAUCAAAGUCUUCAGCUUUCACCUACUGCACACCAUGGAACUAUAAACAGCACAACACUGCUCUCAAAACACUAUGAAAGAAAGUGUGUGUUUUUACUGUUUGCUGUGAACAUUCUUAUCUCAGCCAUCAUCCUUGUCAUUGUGGGUCUAAAUUACUCUCACAACAGAGAAACACAACCAAUAAAAGGACAAAAAGAAAUGUGGCUUCUCCGUGACGAUGUGUUUUAUUUGUUCUGGAGUGACCAAAUUGAUUGCUGCGCUGCUGAGCGCUUCUGCUCUGAGAGAAACGCCAGUCUGGCCGUUUUAACUGAGCGUAACAAGGUCUGGUUGAUGUCUAGGACCAAUGGAAAGCAAUUUUUGGUCUCAAGAGCCUCAUCAGAUGGAUCUGGAAACACUGCUUCUCCCUCAGUGGAAAAUGAAAAUUGUGAGUGUGGCAUCAUGACCGAAGAUGUUGACACCUACCAUGGAGAAGGAUUUGUGUGUGAAAGGAGUGUGAAUCCCAGUCAGAAAUUGUGCAGAUUUUACCUCUUUUGAAGCUGUAAUGGAUAUACUGGACAGCUCCUUGGCCCAAAGUUCAGCUUCCAGACAGCAUGCAUGUGUUGUACUUCAUUUAUCCUGUUUUAUUUUGUUUUACUAAAACUCUACUCUGUAAAUACUAGACAGAA